ACCUAGCAACUGGUGACUGUACAGGUCACGUGACAAAUAACUGGUUUUGGUUUUAAAAGCAGCACUCGGUCAAACCGUGUCAGUGUCAAGUGAACAGGAACAUGGCUUCACUGAUCGUCAGCUUCUCUCUUCUCUUCCUCCUCACGGUCCACACAGCUGAGGGAUUUGAGGAAUAUGCAGUGGACAGAUGCGUGUUUAAUUCCACUAAACCGGACGAUAUCCAGUACAUUUACUCCCACUAUUACAACAAGAGGGAAUAUGUCAGGUUCGACAGCAGAGUGGGGAAAUUUGUGGGAUACACUGAGUAUGGAGUGUCCAACGCUAAGAGAUGGAAUGAAGGUCCAGAAGUAAUCCAAAGUAGGAAUGAGAAGGAGAGGUACUGUGUACACAACGUCGGACUGGACUACAGGACUGGUUUGGCUAAAUCAGCCGAACCCUACGUCAGGCUCCACUCUGAGACGCCCCCUGCUGGCAAACAUCCUUCCAUGUUGGUGUGCAGUGUCUACGACUUCUACCCCAAACAGAUCUCAGUGAGCUGGAGGAGAGAUGGACAGGAGGUCAGCACUGAUGUGACCUCCACUGAUGAGCUGGCUGAUGGUGACUGGUUCUACCAGAUCCACUCUCACCUGGAGUACACACCCAGGUCUGGAGAGAAGAUCUCCUGUGUGGUGGAGCACGCCAGUCUGAGCAAACCUCUGGUUACUGACUGGGAUCCAUCGAUGCCUGAGUCAGAGAGAAACAAGAUCGCCAUCGGAGCGUCAGGACUGAUCCUGGGUCUGAUCUUGUCUCUGGCUGGAUUCAUCUACUAUCGGAGGAAGGUUCGAGGACUCAUCCCAGUUCCCCAAAGCUAAGCCUGGUCCUGAUUCCCCAUGUGGACCUAGUCCUGGUCCUGGUUGUUACCCAGCUGCUGCUUCAUCAAUGCUCCCUGUUUUUACUCUAGACUGCCUCCUGCUGGACUGUCAGAAUUACCUGAUUCUCUGAUACCCAGCUGGUUCAUACCUAGUCCAGGUCUGCUAUUGGUGCCUUAUCCAUAGCUAUAGAUGGACCUGGACCUGGUUUGACCUUGACCCUGGUGUAUCAGCCUUCCUGUGUAAAGACCUUUAUAUUCUGCUGCUGCUUCACUCUGAGGAUGUUUUAAAUGCGUGGCCACAAAUCGAUGCUAAGUCAGUGUUGAUCCAGUUCAGAGGGCGUUUUUUAGCUUUAAGUCAUGUGAUUGAUCAGAUUGAUGAGUUUGGACAUUUUCUAAUCACAAUAAAACCCAGAGAAAAAAUG